CAGAAUUCCUCAACACAUCAACUACCAACAGAAACUUCCCAAAGUUACAACUGCGUCAGGCCAACGAGAAAACGCGGCGAUAUGAGUAUGGGCGUGUAGGGUGACUCGUCUGAAAGCGGGUCCAUUAACAUGGACGACCAGGAGCGAAUCGAGCGCGAGGGGCUCGCGUGCGAGCUGGUCAACAACAGCACUGAGCCUCCUGCAGGUGUGUUCUGCCCUGGCACGUUCGACACAUGGGCGUGCUGGCCGCACACGCGCGCCGGGGAAACCGCCAGCGCGCCCUGCCCUGCCUUCGUGCCCGGCUUCAGCCCUGAACUGUUCGCGCACAAGGAAUGCAUGGCGAACGGCAGCUGGUGGCUGCACCCCGACACCGGUCGACCCUGGUCCAACUACACCACUUGCGUCAAGCCUGAGGAUGACAUGACGAGCAUCAUUGCGGUGUUCGAGGCGGGCUACAGUAUUUCGCUUGUGGCACUGCUGCUGUCGCUCGGCAUCCUGUUUUACUUCAGGAGUCUGCGGUGCGCACGCAUCACGGUGCAUAUGAACCUGUUCGCCUCGUUCGCGCUUAACAACGCGCUGUGGCUGGCGUGGUACGGAUUUGUGGUGGCUUCCGCCGACACCGUGGCUGCGAACCCCGCCUGGUGCCGCGCCCUCAACGCCACGCUGCAGUACGCGCUACUCACCAACUACACGUGGAUGCUGUGCGAGGGUGUGUACCUGCACACGGUGCUCGUGAGCGCCUUCGUGUCCGAGCGGCGGCUGCUGCGCGCGCUGCUCGCCGUGGGCUGGCUGCUUCCACUACCGUCCGCCAUCGUCAACGCUUGGCGCCGCACCGCCGCCGGCGACGAGAUCUGCUGGGCGGACGAGGGCGCGCCGCCGCUCGAGCUGGCCGUCAUCGUGUGCGUAGCCGUGCUGCUCAAUCUCGCAUUCCUGUGCAACAUUGUGCGCGUGCUGUGCACCAAGCUGCGCGCAGGGGGCGGCGCCGGGCCGUCGCGGCCGUCGGCGACCGCGCUGCACGCGCUGCGCGCCACGUGUCUGCUGGCGCCGCUGCUUGGCCUGCAGUACCUGCUCACGCCGUUCCGCCCGCAGCGCACCGCCAGCUGGUACCUGCUGUACGAGUACUCUGCGGCGCUGACCACGUCGCUGCAGGGGCUCUGCGUGGCCAUCCUGUACUGCUUCUGCAACGGCGAGGUGCUGGCGCAGCUGCGGCGGCGCUGGCGUGUGUUGACGUUCCGCCCGCGCGCCAACUCCACCACCAACACCACCGUGUCGGUACAUUGUCUCGGUCGGUUGCAGUUCGUGCGGUCGGCGGCGCCGGGCGCAGGCGAGGAGAAGGUGUGACUAGGGGCCGGCGGCGCGGGCGACGGGGCCGCGGAGGGCGGCGGCGGCGGCGACAGCGACGGCGACGGCGAGCCGCGCGCCCGCGCCGACGGCCGCCGCAUCCGCUUCGAGAGCGUCGACAGCGACGACGACGCGCCGCCGCCGCACGCGCGCCUUCUGUGAGCGCGCCGCACCGAGCCGCACCGCGCCGCACCGCGCCGCAUUAGUGCAACGUGACAAGUGUGCCGAAUGACUAUUUUAGAUAAACAGAGCUAAUGUGUUAAGUAAAACUGUGUAUAGUGUUGGAAACUGUAAAUAUCUAGAUAGGUGCCGAUGCUCGUUACAAAAGAGUGAUUUUAAUUAUUUAUUUAUGUUUGUUAUGAAAUGUGAAAGUUUGUUAUAUUGAUAGUUAAAUGUUAUGGAUGUAAGUAUUAUAUUUUAUUUAAUAGAACAAUGUGCAAUGUAUUUAUAACGCAAGAUUUUACUGAUGAUGACGUUAUUUAAUUGUGUUGUUAGUUUGUAAGUUGUUGCUGAAACAUGGCUAAAUAAAUACGGCUGUUAGGGCUUUAUUUAAGGUUUCAAACGAUUUUUCGUCUUGUCUUGGAUUAAUUUGAGUCUGUCAUUUUAUUUAGGUUUACAAGGGAACGGCCGGAGGGGAGAGUUUCUCGAUCAACAGCUCCUCAUUUGUGAUUAAUGCUUUUGUAACGUUAAUUAAUAACUUCCUUCAAAUCUAUGAGUAUUGGCGAACAAUAAUUGGAUUUAUAUUAUGAUCUAAUAGAUGUCUUAUCUCUUAAAAUGGUGAAUGUAAAGAAUGGCUUAAUAAGAAUAUGCCUUGCUGACUUUGUUGUGUAACUAAACUUGUAAACACAUUUUGUACAUAAUGUAAAUUGUAAAUAAAGGUACAGUGUUGA